UCUUGGCUGUUCUAGUCUUGUGUUGCUGAGUGUUAAUGGAUUUUCUCUCCAACUUCGUUCUCCUCCUUCUUGUACCUUCUUUGUUGGUUUUUAAGGCUGUUUCUGAGGCAUCUUUCGAUGAAUCCGACAAUCUCAUGAUACGCCAAGUUGAGUCACAUGUUGAUGAUUUCUUGAAUGCUGAACGCCAUUUUGAGAAAUUUAAGGCCAGGUUCCAAAAAACCUACGCCACCCCAGAGGAGCACGACUACCGCUUUAACGUUUUCAAAGCUAACUUACGCCGUGCUAAACGACACCAGUUACUUGAUCCUUCCGCUGUACAUGGCGUCACUCAAUUCUCUGAUUUAACUCCUGCGGAGUUUCGUCGUGAUUAUCUUGGAUUGAAGCCUCUUCGGUUCCCGGCCGAUGCACAACAGGCUCCAAUCCUCCCAACCGACAACCUCCCUACUGAUUUCGAUUGGAGAGAGAAUGGGGCCGUGACACCGGUUAAGAAUCAAGGUAAUUGUGGAUCAUGCUGGUCGUUUAGUACAAUUGGAGCCUUGGAGGGAGCUCAUUUUCUUGCGACGGGAAAUCUUGAGAGUCUGAGUGAGCAACAGCUUGUGGAUUGUGACCGUGAGUGUGAUCCAGAAGAAUAUGAUGCAUGUGAUGAUGGGUGCAACGGUGGACUAAUGAACAAUGCCUUUGAGUACAUACUGAAGACUGGGGGAGUUGAGAGAGAGAAGGACUACCCUUACACUGGGAGGGAUCGCAGUCCUUGCAAAUUUAACGAGAGCAAAAUCGUUGCAUCUGUAUCUAACUUCAGUGUCGUUUCUAUCGACGAAGAUCAAAUCGCGGCCAAUCUGGUGAAAAAUGGCCCUCUUGCAGUGGGUAUCAAUGCAGUUUUCAUGCAAACAUACACGGCUGGAGUUUCAUGCCCUUACCUUUGCUCAGGGGAGUUAGAUCAUGGGGUGCUUCUGGUUGGAUAUGGUUCUGCUGGUUAUUCCCCUAUCCGGUUCAAAGAAAAACCUUAUUGGAUCCUAAAGAACUCCUGGAGUAAAUACUGGGGAGAGCAUGGUUAUUACAGGAUCUGUAGGGGUCAAAAUAUGUGUGGAGUGGAUUCCAUGGUCUCAUCUGUAGUAGCAGCUAUCCAAACAACAAGCCAAUAAUUAAAUCUUACACAUCAUGGAGGUAUCACUUGUGAUGCAAAUAAAAAGAAGGUUUUCUUGUCAACUAGCCAAUAAUGAAUUGUAACAAGCAAUUGGUCAUUCAAUAAACAUGCUUUAGACAGGAGCUUGUCA